AUGUCGCACCUGUCUGGGAAUACAUUCGAUGAUGAAUCAGAUGAAGAACCUGUCACUGAAUCUGUUGCGAUUCCAGGGCCAAACACAUCAAAGGGAGACCUCAUAGAGGUUCAGGUUCAGAAGCUUGUCGAGGACAAUCAUACCCUUCGUGAGGAGAACAAGGUUCUGAUCGCUGAGAAACCCAAACGAAAAUGUCGUGUGGAAGCACCUGAUGAACUUUUGGCCCAUGAGCAAACAAUAAUGCUUUUCGCUCGUAAAUACGGCCUGACUGUUGAAAUGUUCCCCGAUUCCAACCUUCUCAGCAAGCCACGCCCUGAGAACCCAACUCCAUUCGACAGCCUGAGACCAGCAUUCUUGGACGAACUAUUUCAGCACUUCCCCGAUCGCAUACACAGCGCCAUGGAAAGUUUGUAUUUCAGUGAUCUCGUAAUGAAGUCCAUUUCUGAGGCUCGCUCAUCAGAGAUAAAUAAGUUGCGUGGUGUCACUGGUGAUAUCUUUGGGCUUCCAGGGAUGAAAUACAUGGAUAUGCUUGGAGUGUCAGCGACAAAUCCAAAGUACAAGACUUUUCCACCGGUCUUAUUUCUUGGAAUGUGGGAAGACUCGUCCUUGAAGACUGUGUUCGGAAACUGGGAGCUUUUGGCUAAGUUUUUGAAGGCUGCCCUACGUGGCGUCACUUCACUUCAUCAAGAGACGACAGGCAGACCGAAGACAAAUGCACGCAAAUGGAACUUCGAACAGGUCACACCAGGGUCCAUUGCAUGGGCCACCUGUCAUUGCGAUCUUUCUGCUCCUGUCGCAUCCAGACUAUCGUUCAAAACAUCAACCGAGAAGUUUUUCGGCUCCACAAAGUCUUCUGCCUCUGACCCAGCUGGUCAGGAAGAUCACUCCAGCGAAAUCACUCGUGCCAUGAAUGCACUUGACAUAGACAGUGAUAGUGAAUCAGAUUUACCUGCCCCAUCUUCUACAGCACAAACCACCACUGUAACUGCCUCUCGGUCUGACGUUAUCAAGGCAGCGCGGCCUCCAGAACAUUUUGCCCAGCUCUCAGUCCAAGUGCUACUUCUACUCUCAGUAGUGCCUCCACCCUCAGCAGCGCUUCCAGAAAGCACACUGAAGUAUUACCUACAGCUUGUAGUUUCGAGAACACUUCUACACCAUCUGAAAUUGACUGCGAUUUAUGACAUCUCUGGCGCAUGGGAGGGCGGUGUUGCUGGUUGCACAACUGCUUUAGCUCUCUUUUCAAACCAACGGUUCUCAAAUUCACGCAAACCCAUCUCUCCACGGACAAAUCUAGCUUCUUCCUUCUUCCUGCUCGUCUCUCUCCCUGGUUCUCCUGCUCCAGUUGCUGAUGUGUUCGGUCCAGAGUUCGACCAACAGCUGAACCUGGACCUAAGGCUCGGUUCGGCAUUCAGAAAAUUUUGCCAGAGAACUGUUGCGUGGACAAUGCCCACCACCAAGAAAUCGGUCUCGUUCAAUGGCGGUGUUCAGUCUGACCCCAUUCUCAAUGAUUGGAAUGGUCCAUCUGGCACACAGGAUUCAUACACACACCGCGCAGUACCCCUACCGUCUGGAAGCAGACCUAUCACCACCAAGAAAUCACUCUCUUUCGGUGAUGGCGGCUUGCAGCCUAGCCCGGGUCAUGAAGGCUGGACUGGUCCAUCACGCUGGCUGUCUGAAACCUGCUAUGAGUCCUUGCGCUCCCCGGAGACACCAGAGGAAGUCCCGUAG